AUGUUCGUCAUCUCGUCCUCGGCCGCCGCCGCCGAAGCUCGCCACCUCGAGCGAAAGGGCGUCCGGACUCGCGACGCUCCGCAGGGUGCGGCGAGCGACAUGCUGCUCACCACGCCUCGCGGCGCGCUCGCCUUCGUGCUGACUCGCGGGGAGGCGGCGUCGGCGGUUGUCGAGCGUGCCACCAAGGCAGCACGUGCGGCACGGCGCUGCACGAUUUUGCUGCUCGGCGAGCGCGCGCAGCAGAGUGCCGUCGAGGCGCUGCAAGAGGAGUGUCCCAUCGGUGUCAACGUCCUUCGGUGCGAGAACUCCGAGGCCGCGGUGGAGCACGUCCUUGCCUGCGCAGCUGGCAUUCUCAACGGCGCACGCUCCGCCGCAAAUCGGGAGCCCGACCCCGUCGACGCAGCUGCGACGGCGCUUUCCGAAAUGUGGAAUGUGUCGCGUCACGACGUCGAAUAUCUUCUGGCAACCGUCUCUCUCCCAGAGCUCGCACGCGUAAACACGGAGGAGGAGUUUGCGGACCUCGUGCACCACACCGACUCGGUCAUCGAGCGCGGCCUGCUCGAAGGCGCUGUCCGGUGGCUGCAGAGCGACGCCGUGGCAGCUUGA